GCCGCGGGUAGGGCUGGCCGGGCCGCCCCGCCAGCCGAGCGGGGCCGGCGGGCAGGUGCUGGGGGGCGGGAGAGGACGCUGCCCUGGCCGCCCCGCCGUGCCCCCCCCUUCCCGGGGCUGGGGGAGGGUCGCCGCGGCGGAACGGAUUGCGGGGGAUGUUGAAAAGGGAGCCCCGCGGCGGCAACAAAACCGGCGCCCGGCCCCGGCUCGGCCCUGCUCUUGCUGCGCAGCGCCCAGCAGCACCGCACGCAGCCCUGCCCCGCACCCCCCUCGGCGGGCUGGGCAGCCCUCCCGGCGCUGGCUCGGGCCCCGCAGGGCCGGGCCGGGCCGGGCAGGGCAAGGCUGUCCCGGCCCCGCAGGGCCCCGCAGGGCAGGGCUGUCCCGGCCCCGCGGCGCUAGGACCCGGCGGGGCGGCCCGAGGGGGCUGGCGGGGCUGGGUCCGGCCCGGGCAGGGCAGGGCAGGGGAUGGAGGCCUGCCCGCCUGCCCCGGGGCGGCAGGACGGCGAGGAGCGGCUCUGCCCUUCGGCGGGUCCCAGCACGGCGGGCAGGGUGGUCGUGCACCUGGACCUGGACUGCUUCUAUGCUCAAGUAGAAACGAUCCGUAACCCCGCGCUCGGGAACCAGCCUUUAGGUGUGCAACAGAAAUCCCUCGUUGUCACCUGUAACUAUCAAGCCAGAAAACUUGGAGUUAAGAAGCUGAUGUCUGUCAAGGAUGCUAAGGAGAAGUGUCCUCAGCUGGUGCUGGUUAAUGGAGAAGACCUGACCCCAUACAGGGAAAUGUCCUACAAGGUUACAGAGCUGUUGGGGGAAUUUUGUCCACUGGUGGAAAGGCUUGGGUUUGAUGAAAAUUUUGUGGAUGUCACCGAGAUGGUUGAGAAGAGACUAAACCAGCUGCAGCAAAGUGGAUGCUCCCAGGUCUGUGUGUCUGGCCACGUGUACAACAACCAAGCUAUCAAUUUGCACGACACAAGGCACGUAAGGCUAGUUAUUGGAUCUCAGGUUGCAGAAGAGCUCAGGGGAGCCAUCUGUGCCAGACUGGGCCUCACAGGCUGUGCAGGGGUGGCCUGGAACAAAGUGCUGUCUAAACUAGUGUCUGGCACCUUUAAACCAAACCAGCAAACUGUUCUUCUGCCUGAAAGCUGCCAAGAUCUGAUGUGCAGCCUCGAUCACAUCCAGAAAGUGCCUGGCAUUGGCUACAAAACUAGCAAACGUCUGGAGACGUUGGGUGUUAGGAACCUGUGUGAUCUCCAGACAUUUCCAUCUGCUGUGUUAGAGAAGGAACUUGGUGUUUCUGUUGCUCAGCGUAUCCAAAAACUCAGCUAUGGAGAAGAUGACUCCCCUGUGACUCCCUCAGGCCCUCCUCAGUCCUUUAGUGAUGAAGAUUCCUUUAAAAAAUGUUCAUCAGAAGAGGAAGUUAAAAAGAAACUUGAAGAACUGCUUCCUAACCUAUUAGACAGAAUCCAGAAGGAUGGAAGACAGCCCCACACAGUCAGGUUGACCAUUCGCCAGUUCUCCUCCACCAACCGGUGGUUUAGCCGGGAAAGCCGCCAGUGUCCUGUUCCCCCUCAGCUCCUUCAGAAGCUUGGGAAAGAAAGCAGCAACAUUAUACCCCCAUUGGUUAAUGUACUGAUGAAGCUCUUUCGAAGGAUGAUAGAUGUGGAUCUUCCCUUUCAUCUCACCCUUCUGAGUGUCUGCUUCUCCAACCUCAAAGACCUUCCUAGCAGCAAGAAAGGAUCCAUUGGCUUCUAUCUCAAGCAGAUGUCACCAGCAUCAGGCUCUGGUAAACGUGGCCGGGAAGUGGAAGAUGUCCCACAAGGUGAGGGAAGUGCUUCCUGGAACCAGAACUGCAACAGAACUGGAACCACAAAAACUAGGAAGCUUUCUGAGGAAAAGAAAAGCAAUAUAAAAAAAGGAGGAAUUCCUGACUUGCCAUUUCAUUUGUCUCCUGGUGAUAUUGACCAGGAAGUCUUCAGAGAACUUCCAGAAGCUAUUCAAAAAGAAAUUAUUUCUGAAAAAGCAGAAAGGAUCCCUAGAGAGAACGUUCUGGGUCAGCCAUCAGGAGGUUCUGCAGAGGAGGGACAGAGCAACUCCCCAGGUUGUGAGGGACUGGAGGGUGACUCUGCAGGGUGCAGUGACCACCUCGUGUCAGCUGGUGUGGCACACAGCUCCAGGGCCAGUUGUUCUUCUGAGUGUCCCAGGAGUGCACUGGCAACCAGCAGAGUGGAAGAACAAGCCACAGACUCUCCAAACUUCAGAGGGAAAGGUCUGUCACCUCUGGAAGCCCUGCAUGUCCCUGACUUGGAGAAAGACAAGCAGGCCUUUGAAACAACUUCUGAGGAUACAACUUGCAGGAGGCAAGCAGGGAUUGUACUUCCUCCUCAUGUUGACACAAAGACUUUUUAUGAACUACCUGCAGAUGUGCAGGAAGAACUGCUAGCUGAAUGGAAGAACCAGAGCCCUGUGUCCAAGGCUUCUCUGGAAAAGAAAGCCCCUGAAAAGCCUAGAACAAAUAAAGGAAGAAGGAACACAGCCCCAUGUUCACCACAGUCCAACAGUUUGCUAAGGUAUUUCAAACCACAGUGAAACAUUUUUCAGAAUAGAGACACUGUAAGCAUCAGCACCUUAGUAGUUAGGAAAAGUUUACUGGGAAGAUGUGAAUAUUGAAGAGGUAUUUUGGCAACUGUUGACAGCAAACCUGCUGGUGGCCCUGGUUAAGUAGUAACUUGUCUGUCUUAUUUUUCCUUCUUAUAAAUAGACAUUUUUCUGAUGGAUCUUUAGUUGUCCUCACCCUCUCACAGCAUGCAAACAUAUUUUAGCAUUCCCUGCCUCAACACACUGACUGGAGGAAAGGAAUUUUUUAUUUUCCCAGAGUUAUACUGUGUAUGCAGCUAAUUGUUUCUAAGCACUGGGGAAGGAGUUGAGCAGAGAAGAUGAAAGCAAUUUACACUGAGUUGUAGUGGAAAUGGCCAUUCCUGUGGCCAUCACUGUGUCCUGCAGUUGGCUCCUAGUAACUAGAGGUCCUAGAAGAACUAAGGGGGAAUGGAAAAUCCAUCAUAUCACCAGCUUGUUCCUGGAAACCAGCUGGCCUGUAAAAAUGGUUUAGGUUUGGUGCUCAGGAUUGAGGAAAUGGCAAACAGCUCUGUGUUUAAAGAGCAGCUUUUAAUGAGCUGCUAGAUACAAACUCAUCAGGCUUUUCUUCAAAUACUUAAUUCCAAAACAGUGAAACAGUUGCUAAUUGCAUUUGCACACUUAACAGUUAAUAAACAUGUUUAAAGCCUCUAGUACACAAGAUGUUUGCUUCUUUCAGUCAAGAGUACAUAAUUGAGAUAAGAAUUUAUUAAAGUGUGUUUAAAGCUAUGGCAAAAUAUUUGACUGCUGUGCCUUAACAUUUAUAUCACCAGAUUCUCAUGUGUCUGUGUGGGAAUAUAUAUAUUUUCUCUGCAUAUAGAGUGCAAAAAUAUUAUAGAACAUCUCCUGAUGACAGUGAAAGUAACAUCCUGUGCUUUGAUGGCACGAAAAUUUCUUGCAUCAUCCCCCAGAACAGAGCAAAACCAGCAUUCCCCUUCCCAGCAGUUAAACUUUGUACAUUUCCACAUAAACCACAAUACAAAUCAACUUCAUGCUCGACCUGAAAAACAAACCCCAGUAAAAGAUGCAGGUGACUGAAGUGCUUGUUGUUUCCCACUUACAUUUAGUUAUGGGCUUCCAGGCUUUUCAGUCCAGCUUUUGUUGCAGUGAUUAGGUUGAUGAGAGUAGUAGGGAGCACUGACUCCACUAGAGAACAGGGAAUCAUUCCUCCUAGUUCUGGCUGAAUAAAUGCAACUAGCUUGGAAUGCUCUGGAUUCCUGUAAUGAAAGGAGCAAAAUCCUUCAUUUCACACUCAUUACUCUUGCUGUGGAACUUCACACAGUUCCCAUUUACAGCCCAUCUCCCUGGAAAUUACUAAGGCAAAGAUGUAAAAGAUGGGGGAAGAGUUUCUCAAUUGUUUCAAAAGUGAGGCACAAAACUGCACAAAAAUCUCAAGUUUCCCCAGAAUGAAACUGUCUAAAUAAAAUAAAUCUAAACGAAUAAAAAGC